AUGACCCAGAGGCACCUGCGCAUGCAGGUGGCUUCUGCCACUACCGCAGCCACCAUGGGUAAGGCGGCUGCCGGUGAUGAGCUCUCGGAAUUCUUCAGUCUCAUCCCAGACUUGCUGGAGGUUGCCAACACGAGCAGCAACGCGUCGCUGCAGCUUCCGGACUUGUGGUGGGAGCUGGGGUUGGAGUUGCCAGACGGUGCGGCGCCGGGGCAUCCCCCUGGAAGCGGCGGGGCAGAGGGCGCAGACACUGAGGCCCGGGUACGGAUCCUCAUCAGCGCGGUUUACUGGGUGGUUUGUGCUCUGGGAUUGGCCGGCAACCUGCUGGUUCUCUACCUGAUGAAAAGCAAGCAGGCGUGGCGCAAAUCUUCCAUCAACCUCUUCGUCACUAACCUGGCGCUGACUGACUUUCAAUUCGUGCUCACUUUGCCCUUCUGGGCGGUGGAGAACGCUCUAGACUUCAAGUGGCCCUUCGGCAAAGCCAUGUGUAAGAUCGUGUCCAUGGUGACGUCCAUGAACAUGUACGCUAGCGUCUUCUUUCUCACUGCGAUGAGCGUGGCGCGCUACCACUCUGUGGCCUCGGCUUUGAAGAGCCAUCGGACCCGAGGGCAUGGCCGUGGGGACUGCUGCUGCGGCCAGAGCUUGAGGAACAGCUGCUGUUUCUCAGCCAAGGUGUUGUGUGGGUUGAUCUGGGCUUCUGCCGGGUUAGCCUCGCUGCCCAAUGUCAUUUUCUCUACCACCAUCAGGGUGAUGGGCGAGGAGCUGUGCCUCAUGCACUUCCCGGACAAGCUGCUGGGCUGGGACAGGCAGUUCUGGCUGGGUUUGUACCACCUGCAGAAGGUGUUGCUGGGCUUCCUGCUGCCGCUGAGUAUCAUCAGUCUGUGUUACCUGUUGCUGGUGCGCUUCAUCUCCGACCGCCGCCUGGUGGGGACGACGGAUGGAGGGGGAGCAGCAGCGGCUGGAGGAGGCCUGAGCGCAGCUAGCGCUCGGAGACGGUCCAAGGUCACCAAGUCGGUGACCAUCGUAGUCCUGUCCUUCUUCCUGUGUUGGCUGCCCAACCAGGCGCUCACCACCUGGAGCAUCCUCAUCAAGUUCAACGCGGUACCCUUCAGCCAGGAGUACUUUCUGUGCCAGGUGUACGCGUUCCCAGUCAGCGUGUGCCUAGCCCACUCCAACAGCUGCCUCAACCCCAUCCUCUACUGCUUAGUGCGCCGCGAGUUCCGAAAGGCGCUCAAGAACCUGCUGUGGCGUAUCGCGUCCCCUUCGCUCACCAGCAUGCGCCCCUUCACUGCCACCACCAAGCCAGAGCCGGAAGAUCACCGGCUGCAGGCCCUGGCGCCGCUUAACGCCUCUGCAGAACCUGACCUGCUCUACUAUCCACCCGGUGUGGUGGUCUACAGUGGGGGGCGCUAUGACCUGCUGCCUAGCAGCUCAGCCUACUGA